AUGUCGAAAAUCACCACCUCUAUCUCAAUCUUUUUGUGCACUCUUCUCUUCUUUGGCCAUGCAAAUUCCCGGCUGUAUGAUCAAGAACAUCAAGUGCUAAUGGAACUGAAGCAACACUGGCAAAAUUCGCCAUCUAUUGCGCAUUGGACACUGUCAAACUCCUCCCACUGCAACUGGCAGGAGAUCACCUGCGCUAACAAUUCAAUCACCGGCCUAUCACUCAUCAACAUGAGCAUCAGUGAAACUAUUCCACCCUUGAUUUGUGAGCUCAAGAAUUUAACACUUCUGGAGCUGCAGUACAACAAUAUUCCAGGCAACUUUCCGAUAACUCUUUACUACUGUUCUAAGCUUAAGCACCUAGACCUCUCUCAAAACCUCUUUGUUGGUCCAAUUCCUCAGGAUAUUGAUCGCUUAUCUGAGCUCCGUUUUCUCAACCUUGCGGCCAAUAACUUUUCUGGGGACAUUCCUGCAAGUGUUGGGCAAUUGAAGGAGCUAAGAGUACUUCAUCUUCAUCAAAAUCAGUUUAAUGGGUCUAUCCAGCCAGAAAUUGGCAAUCUGCAGAAUCUUGAAGAAUUGCUUUUGGCAUUUAAUAGAAAAGCUAUGCCAUCAAAGUUGUCUUUGAAUUUCACACAACUGAGAAACCUGAAGAUAUUGUGGAUGCGUGAAGCAAAUUUGAUUGGUGAAAUUCCUGAAUCUAUUGGUAUGCUGACGGCGCUCGAGGUACUGGAUUUAUCAACCAAUGGUUUAACUGGAAAAAUCCCCAACAGUUUGUUCAAGCUGAAACAUUUGAGUGAAUUAUAUCUUCAUAAAAACAAAUUAUCCGGGGAAAUUCCUCAGUUUAUCGAAUCUUUAAACUUAACUGUCAUCGAUCUCUCAGCCAACAAAUUGACUGGGCCAAUACCAAACGGUUUUGGCAAGCUUGAGAAGUUGUCACAGUUGAGUUUAAUGUUCAAUCAAUUAUCUGGCGAGAUCCCAGAAAGCAUUGGUCGGAUUCCAGCACUUACAGAUCUUAGAUUGUACAGCAAUAAUUUAUCAGGUUUCUUCUAA